GCGGUGUUUUGGAGAGACCUUGCGGCGCCAUUCAUUUAGUGGUAUUAUUGCCCAUGCUUGGGUACCUGGCAGCCGGUGCGCUGUGUGUGGCAGCAGUAUUACUUGUACGGACAGAUGUGAGGUUCUUGGCCGAUGUCCCCGGUCUGAGCUCCCUAUUGUCUGAGCAAUGUGUGGUGAGCGGCGAGGGGAGGCUGAUGAGUAAGGAGGAGCUGUCCAGCUAUGAUGGGGGAGCGGCCAGUCCUGGCCUAUACCUGGCUGUGCUGGGACAAGUCUUCGAUGUGUACAAGGGGAGCAAGCACUAUGGGCCUGGGGGGUCCUACAGCUUCUUCUCAGCAAGAGAUGCAUCUCGUGCCUAUGUAAGUGGGGACUUCACAGAGCAAGGCCUUGUGGAUGAUGUGUCGGAACUGUCACCCACACAGAUGCUGCACCUCCACAACUGGUAUAACUUCUAUCAGAAGAAUUAUACUCCAGUCGGGAAACUCAUAGGGAGGUUUUAUGACGAGCAUGGAAAUCCCACAAAGGCAUUAGAGGAUGCACUAGCAGUCAUUGAUAUUGGAUUACAGCUGAAAGAGCAGAGGCAAGAGGAGAAUAAACAGUUUCCACCCUGCAAUUCAGAAUUUAAUGCUGGUGUCACUAAAGUAUGGUGUUCUAAGCACAGUGGUGGAAUACAGAGGGACUGGGCUGGUGUUCCCAGGAAAUUGUAUUUAGCUGGCUAUGAUGGCUAUCGCUGUGUUUGUGUUAGGACGACUGGGCCUCCAUCUGAACAUCUAGGAUCUAAACAACACAAUGAUAAAGGAGAUCUGGAGAAUCCUUCCCUUCAGGAAUAUAAAGACUGCAAUCCACUAUUUGAUUGGUGUCUACUUAAAGAAUAA